CCAACACUACGCAUAGGUAGUAUUGAAGCAUUACCAGAUAUCACGUUAAACAAAAGAAGGUCAAGAUGGUCGUCCACGAGAUCCAUUCAAUGGAGGAGUUCAAAGACGCCCUUGAGAAGCAUCCAUUAGUCCUUGUUGACUUCUGGGCUACAUGGAGCGGGCCUUGUCGAUUGAUAAGUCCCGUCAUCGAAAGACACUCUGAUUCAUCGAGAUACUCAUCAGUCUACUUCUGCAAAUUAGACAUUGAUGCGGUUAGAGAGGUUUCUAACGAGCUGGGUAUCCAGACAUUGCCUAUUACCGUGAUGUAUAAGGAUGGCACGAAGUGUGACGAGGUCCAUACAGGAUUCCUUAAGACCAUAGAGGAGUUGUUUAAGAAGCAUGUCGAGAGGGACAUGGAUACCGUUAAGCAACAAACUUUUGUGUCACAUGAAGUUCAAAGUCUCUGCGGUUUCCAGCUCAGGUGA